AUGACUCGAGCUACUUCUGACCACAGUGUGAGAUCUGCUGCGCACCUCAACAUCCUUCCAGUGGCUAUGCAGCCACAGGUGCGCCCUGCACGCCGAAAUGCGGUGCUUGGAGACAUUACAAAUACUGGGCCAAUCGGCCUUGGUGGGAAAGUGUUAGGUUCCGAGAAGUCAAGCCUUCCGAGUUUCGCUCCUAUGCCCAGCUUAAAGACCACAAGUGUGAUGGGAACAGGGACCACCUCUGCAGCUGGCAGGUGCUUCCGUGGCAAAGAAGAUGGCCAAUUGGGUUUGUUUAGUCUGGGCAGUGCCCCGCAGGCACAUGCACGAGAGCAGCAUGCAAGAUUUAUCCGACCAGCCUCGGGUGAUUUUAUGGACGUCGCGAUGGAAGAAGAGCCUUCGGAGGAUCCCCAGCACGUUGCAGAGUACACCAAGGACAUCUACGCGCAUAUGUUCGCGAUCGAGGGGUCCUUUCAGCCCAGGCCUCAUUACUUGACAGAGCAGCGUGAGAUCAACGCCAAGAUGAGGGCGAUUCUGGUUGACUGGCUUGUUGAGGUCCACAUGAAGCAUCGUCUGAGACGGGAGACCCUGUUCAUGGCGGUGAGCCUUAUUGACCGAUAUUUGUCUGUCAGGCAAGUUGCUCGCAAGCGCCUUCAGCUUUGUGGAGUUGCAGCUAUGUUCAUUGCAGCGAAAUUCGAGGAGAUUUACCCACCUGAGGUAAAGGAUUUUGUGUAUAUCACUGACAACGCGUACACCAAAGACGAUAUCUUGAACAUGGAGGUAUCAAUGCUUAGAACUCUCGACUUUGCGCUGUGCGGCCCAACUGCUGCACACUUCCUGGAUCGUUUCCAUCGUGCCAACGUGUGCUCAGAGGAGCAAUUGCACCUCAUGCACUACUUGGCCGAACUUGCUCUCCUUGAAGUGCAGAUGCUGCAAUACACGCCUUCGCACAUUGCGGCAGCUGCUGCUCUCUUGAGCAACAAGCUCUUGAAAUUCCCUACGUGGCCGCCGUGCAUGGCGCAGUUCAGCAAACACUCGGAGGGUGAAAUUAAGGCAUGUGCUCGCGAAUUGUGCGGGAUCCUCGAGUCUAUUGACAGGAGCUCCUUGCAGGCAAUCCGCAAGAAGUAUUCCCAGGAACGUUUCAAGAGGGUGGCCAAACUCUCUUUCGGGUCCAGUUGA